CCCUCGAUUUAUCUGGAAGAAAAAGAGAAGAAGAAAGAAACGUUCAUUAGGACUGCCCAAUUGCUAGGAGAGGAUCGACAUAUUUAUUCACUGGUUGAAGGUGUGCGAGUGGAAAGCGGAAUCAAUCCACCAAAAAGCAUGCGUAAUAUUUAUGCUCCAGACAUAAGAGCUGUUCUCCCCUCACAGAUGCGCUGGCAGGUUACGACUUUCAUAUUAUGCACCUUUGGAUUUCUCAAAGAAUUCCGCCCAACUGAGCCAUAUCUGUACCAGUACGAGCAUGAAACGCUGAAUAUAUCGGAGAAGGUGCUGAACGCGGAGGUUUAUCCGAUAUGGACCUACAGUUAUCUGAUAGCUUUAAUCCCCGUCUUUCUGCUCACGGAUUUGGUGCUGUACAAGCCGAUGAUUGUGUUCGAAUCGCUUUCCUAUAUUGUCGUCUGGUCACUUCUCGUGUUUUGCGGCUCCGUUUUUGCACAACAGAUGGUUGAACUUUUCUAUGGAUGGGCCACGGCCACUGAAAUAGCCUAUUUUGCCUACAUCUAUGUAAAAGUGUCAAAGGAACACUUCAGAAAGGUAACAUCGCUGACUCGUGGUGCCCUUCUUUUGGGCUCCUUCUUGUCCUACGCGAUCUCUCAGCUCAUUAUCCUCCUGAGAUGGGGAACGUACGAAACGCUGAACAUUAUAUCGUUGGUGUUUCUUUGCUUUUCUCUAUUCUUCGCCGCUGCACUCCCUGCUGUUCCUUGGAAGUGCGCGUAUGAGAAGAAGAGACUGCUAAAAGACGCUGGAAAACUUUCUGAUGACGAGACUACCUACAGGAACUACGUAGUAUUUCACUUCAAAACCCUCACCGAGGACCUCAAGACGAUCUAUGGAAACUCCUUCAUGCUGAAGUGGUCACUCUGGUGGGCAUUGGCAAGCUGUGGUUACUUUCAGAUUGGCAACUAUAUUCAAACUCUGUGGGGAACGCUGAUCACCCCGAAUACGUCGGACGUCUACAACGGACUAACAGAGGCCUUGUGUCCAUUGAUAUCACUGCCGGCGGUGCUUCUUGUGCAGCACCUGAAGGUGGAUUGGUCACGGUGGGGAGAGCUGUGUCUGGCGGUCUGCUCACUGCUGAAUGGACUGCUGGUUCUGCUGCUUUCGCAGACGAACAGCCUCUUCGUGAUGUACGCCGGAUACAUUGCGUACAGGCUCAUCUUUGAAUCAAUGAUUACAAUCACACAGUCCAACUUGGCCGAGGGUCUUGAGACGGCCGCGUACGGUCUGAUUUUCGGGAUGAAUACCUUCAUCGCUCUGGUUCUGCAAUCUCUCCUUACGCUGAUCGUCGUUUCUUCUUUUGGCUUUGCGCUAACAAUACGACCACAGUUCACGGUUUACUCCGGUUAUCAUUUCGUGGUCGCUUCACUAUACAUAGUGCCACUACUGCUUCGGUUUUACCGUUUCCUGAGGACGAGCUUCCGUCAAAAAGCUGAAAAUGUAGCCUAG